AUGCCUCGUGCCGUCAAGGGAGUCCUGAUCGAAUGCGACCCAUCCGUCAAAGCCAUCAUUCUCAAGUACGACGAGGAGAGACAUGACUAUAUCGUCGAGGACCUUGACGAUGAUCGCCACCUAGUCAUCAAGGAAAGUCAGUUGCUCAAUUUGAAGGCUAGGUUGGGAAGGGAAUUGGAUGAGAAGGUCAUGCAGCCAGAAGAGUCGGAAUCAGAAUGA